AUGGAGGCCCACUACGGCAAGAAGGAAGAGGAGAAGGCGGCGGCGAAGGCGGCGAAGAAGGCGGACCGCGAGGAGCGGAGGGUGAAGUCGGCGGCGAGGAAGAAGGAGAGGGAGGAGAAGGCCGCUGAAAGAGCAAGAUCUAUAUCUCGGGAUCAAGACCUUAUGGUGGAAAAGGAGAGGCUUGAGAAGGAGGCGAAACUAGAGCUUAUCUCUCUCACUCAAGCUCAUGAGGAAGAGGACCGAGAUUAUGCUCUUGGUUGGGUGGAUGAGAUCAAGACGAAGAAGCGUUAUCUUGAAGAAAGCCAUGGAUGGUUGCUUGAGGAUGUUGCAACCCUUACCAAGAACUUCAAAUCCUUGGAAAGGAAGUUUGAGCUCCUAUCCGAGAUGAGGAGGCAUCCUCAAGAAGAAGUGUACAAGAAGAAAGAAGAUGAAGGUCCCAAUUCAUGUUGUGAUAAGCUCCUUGACGAAGUUUGCUUUUUGAGAAGACACAAUGCAAGAUUCUUGGAAGUCAUUUCUACCCAAGAGGAAGCCUUGGAUGAGUACUAUCGCUUGAGUAAAGAGAAGGUGCCAUGUUGUGACCAUGAAGAGGAGAUUGCCACUCUAAAGAGACACAAGGCCAAGCUCAAGGAAGUGAAUGAUAUGCAAAAUGAGUUCUUGAUGGAGUGGGUUCGCUUGAGAAAGGAAAAUGUUACUUGUUGUAACCAUGAGGAUGAAUAUGCCUCUCUAAAGAGGAGCAAGGCCAACCUUAUGGUGAUCAAGUCCAUGCAAGAUGAAUCGUUGAAAGAGUACCAUCUCUCAAGCAAGGACCACAUUAGUUUCAACCAUGAGGACGACAUUGCAACCUUAGAAGGACACAAGCGUUUGCUCUUGAAAAGGAAUUCUCUUCUAGAAGAGGCUUUAUCGGAACAAUUCCGGGUGAAUAAGGAGAAAGAGGUUCAAGUAUUUGACAUCACUCACCCUCACCCGGAUCAUGAAGAUGAAGUCAACCGUUUGAAAUCCAAAAUUGAAAGUCUUCAAAUCCAAGCCCAAUUCUUGGAAGGAGUCAUUGAAGCUAGAGUCGAUGCCAAUGAGGAAUCUUGCAAUGAAGGAGAAGUGGCUAUGAAGCCAAAGAAGAAGAGAGGAAGAAGGAUCAAGAUAAAGAGGAACAUCAUUAUAGGACCCAUUGAAAAAUGGGUUCCUAUCUCCAAGUCUUGA